AUGGUCCAGAUCAACGAGGUUAAGUCCAACUCGCGAGAGAAUAGGACUGCGGCGCACACGCACAUCAAGGGCUUGGGACUGCGCUCCGACGGUACCUCAGAGGCAUCCGGUGAUGGAUUUGUCGGGCAAACUAGUGCCCGCGAGGCAUGCGGUGUUGUAGUCGACCUCAUCAAGUCGAAGAAGAUGGCUGGCCGAGCUGUCUUGCUCGCUGGUGGCCCCGGUACCGGAAAGACCGCGCUCGCUCUCGCAGUUUCGCAGGAAUUGGGAACCAAGGUUCCCUUCUGCCCGAUUGUUGGCAGUGAGAUCUACUCUGCAGAGGUCAAGAAGACGGAGGCUUUGAUGGAGAACUUCCGACGCGCAAUUGGUUUGCGAGUUCGUGAGACCAAGGAGGUGUACGAGGACCGAGAAUCCUCUGGCGGAUACGGACGCACGAUUAGCCAUUUGAUUAUCGGAUUGAAGUCGGCCAAGGGUACCAAGAAGCUCCGCCUGGACCCCAGCAUCUACGAGGCCAUCCAAAAGGAGCGGGUCACCGUGGGAGACGUCAUCUACAUUGAGGCCAACACUGGCGCUUGCAAGCGUGUUGGACGGUCAGACGCCUAUGCAACCGAAUUCGAUCUCGAGGCGGAGGAGUAUGUUCCGGUUCCUAAGGGCGAGGUUCACAAGAAGAAGGAGAUCGUCCAGGACGUGACUCUCCACGACUUGGAUAUGGCCAAUGCUCGGCCGCAGGGUGGCCAGGACGUUAUGAGCAUGAUGGGCCAGCUCAUGAAGCCUAAGAAAACCGAAAUCACCGACAAGCUGCGUCAAGAGAUCAACAAGGUUGUAAACCGGUACAUUGACCAGGGUGUCGCCGAGCUGGUUCCCGGCGUGCUCUUCAUUGACGAGGUCCACAUGCUCGACAUUGAGUGCUUCACAUAUCUGAACCGUGCUCUUGAGUCUUCUAUCUCCCCCAUCGUCAUCCUCGCCUCCAACCGAGGCAAUACUGUUAUCCGUGGCACCGACGACAUCAGCGCUGCCCACGGUAUUCCCCCCGACCUGCUCGCCCGUCUUCUCAUUGUUCCGACCACCCCUUACAGCCCUGAAGAGAUCAAGACCAUCAUUCGUCUCCGCGCAAAGACUGAAGGCUUGAACAUCACUGAGCCCGCUCUUGACAAGGUUGCCGAGCAUGGCAGUAAGGUGAGCCUGCGGUAUGCGUUGCAACUGCUGACUCCGGCGAGCAUUCUGGCUCGCAUUAACGGACGUCCUGGUGGCAUCGAGGCUGCAGAUGUUGCCGAAUGCGAGGAUCUUUUCCUUGAUGCGAAGCGCAGUGCAUUGAUAGUCGCUCAAGACAGCAGCAAAUUCCUUCUUUAG